CAAGGAAAGGAGGGCAAAGUCCGACCCUGGCAUGAAAGUUCAGCGCGCGCGCCGGGGGUAACCGUGCAGUGUCCCGACCCGUCCCGUCUCGUUCCGCCGAAGCACGGCCCGGCGCCAUGGUGCUGGAUAGCCUGGCCCGCAUCAUAAAAGUGCAGCUGCCUGCCUACCUCAAGCGCCUGCCGCUGCCGGAGACCGUCGGCGGCUUCCUGAGACUCACAGUUUCAGAAUGGCUACGGUUACUGCCUUUCCUGGGUGUCCUUGCUCUGCUUGGAUAUCUUGCUAUUCGCCCAUUCCUUCCCAAGAAGAAACAGCAGAAGGACAGCUUGAUUAAUCUCAAGAUCCAGAAGGAGAAUCCCAAAGUAGUAAAUGAAAUCAACAUUGAGGAUCUGUGUCACACUAAAGCAGUGUACUGCAGAUGCUGGCGCUCUAAAACAUUCCCUGUCUGUGAUGGCUCUCACAACAAACACAACGAGUCAACAGGAGAUAAUGUGGGCCCUUUAAUACUCAGGAAAAAAGAAGUCUAGCAAACUCCUAACUAUGCUGUGGCUGAAGAGAAGUCUACUUAUAUACAUAUAUGUAGAGCUUUCAGUCUAGUAAUGAUCACAGGAUUAAGUUUUGGUAUAUUUUAGGUUAUCUUAGAUUUAUAAACUGUGCUAGACAUUUGGUAAUGUGUUGUAUAUGUUUUAUAUAACAAAAAGAUACUAUAAUAGAUAUGCUUUGCUGUCAUAGAAUUAUUCUUUCCAGAAUUGCAGUAAUUGUAACCAAAAAUUAAAUAGAUAGAUCGAUUGAUCAGUCUCAGUCUCUAUUCUAACUACAGGUGCAUCUACACUACAGAUUUAUACAGAUUUUAAACCAGCUGUACUGCAAGAUUGUCACCAAACUGGGAACUGAUUUUUGGAGGCUGUCAAAGACCAUCAUGAUUUUGGUCUUACAUGGGUUUAAGAAUUUGCAUAUGAGCCAGUACUUCAGUUUGAACAUAGAGGGUGUGCAGGGAUCACUUUUAUACAGAACUUCAGAUAUCCUUGUUUGAGAAUGAUUAAAGAGAUCUAUAAACUAGUAGCAGAGUGUGUUCUGCUUUUCAGAAGUGAUACAUAAUUGGCUUGUCUGUGAUUUAGAAAUUAUCAUACAGUAUUAUGUAUUGAUAUUGUGAAAUAUAGAACACUUAAAUCCAAGAACUACAUAUUUUAUUUACACCGUUCAUAGUGUUGAGUAAUUACUGACUAUUGAAUGAAAUGCAGUAAUUAACUUAUUUGCUACUAAACCUGCUCCUCCCACCAAACACAUUAGUUCAUGGCUCAUGAACAGUACAGUAUUCUGAACUUCAUGUAGUCCUGUUUAUGCCAUAGUCUAAUAGUUUUUCCCAUAUUUUCCAAUCCUUCUUGGCCUGUAUAUCCAAUCUACCUGUACAUCUUGUACAUGGUUAGAUACAGAUUCCCAUGUGAAAGAGUAACAUUAGGUGGUCAUGGCCUACAUUCCAUAUAGUAUUAAGCUGUAUGCUCUGGAAAACACCAGUUUCUCCAAAGGAAUCAGGCAAACCAAUAAAGCAACAAUAACGGCCCCUAGAUGAAGUUGUGUGCCAACUGUUUGUCCCGUCAAAGAACUGGGCUGCAAACAAAAUAUUCUAGGAUGUUAUGUAGUCAAAACAAAAGUAGAUUCCUUUUCUCUAUCCUCCUGAAUCCCAGGAAUUUCUCCAUGAACAGAAUCCAGUUUUCUACUAAAGCAGUUUACUUUGUUGGUUUCCUACCUGGUGAAGGGAUUGUUUGUAAAACUUACAUUCUAUCUCUGGUAUCCCAAGUAUUUCCAUUAAUUCUUUAAAUCCCUUGUCUGCAUAUUUACCAUGGAAGAACUGUUGCUAGAAAUGUACAGAUAUGGUAUGCUUACUAUCAGUUUCUUUCUAGAGGAAAAAUACUAUUUCUGGUUUAAAAAAUGACACAAUUGUAUAUUCUUCAUUAUGAUCACAUUGUUUUUUAAGAAGCAAUUUUUGCAUUUUUCUGUAUUUCUGGUCAUGGAGACCAAGGAUCUCCCUUGAAGUGUAUGAUACUGCACAACAGUAUGCACUAUGAACUGGAAGAAAUUCAGUUGGUCAAAAAAUGGCAAAUGAGUUAAAUAAAUGGAUUAUAUAGAACAUCUGCAA